AUGUCUUACAGAGGGGUCGGUAGAAAACCUCGCGCAAACAGAUUCUCCAUUCCAAAUCGUUCCACUAUCUCCAAGCGUGCUACUUCAAAGAACAUCACACCAACCGAAGAUCUCACUACUAUCAUUAACAAUCAAGAAGCCAACAUCAAUGAUCUCAGUCUUCGUCUUGACAAGAUGGAGCAUAAAAUUAAGAAUAUCGAAGGGAUCUUGACGAGGGUGAAUAUUAUUGAGCAUGUCGUCAAAGGCGUCGGAAAGGAGUCAGGACAACCGGCAGAUGGAAAUAUACAAGUUACCCCAAAACAUGAAAAGUCUUCGGGUGCUCUCAAGAAGCAAGAGAAUAUGUAUCGUGCACUUGGUAUCAAACCUCCUGCAAGUAGCUCCUAG